CAGGCAGGAUCGGGACCCGCGGGGAAGCGGGCGGUCGGAGGGCGUCGUUUCCGGGUCCGAGGAGUGAACGUCCCGCCUCAGUUCCCGGCCACGCGUGCCCAGCCCGGGCUGAGAUGCGAUUCAUGCUGCUGUUCAGCCGUCAGGGAAAGCUGCGGCUGCAAAAAUGGUACCUGGCCACGUCAGACAAAGAGCGGAAGAAGAUGGUUCGGGAGCUUAUGCAGGUUGUCCUGGCUCGAAAACCCAAGAUGUGCAGCUUUCUGGAGUGGAGGGACCUCAAAGUUGUCUAUAAGAGAUAUGCCAGCCUCUACUUCUGCUGCGCCAUUGAGGGCCAAGACAAUGAGCUCAUCACCCUGGAGCUGAUCCACCGAUACGUGGAACUCCUGGACAAAUACUUUGGCAGUGUGUGCGAGCUGGACAUCAUCUUCAACUUCGAGAAGGCCUACUUCAUCCUCGAUGAGUUUCUGAUGGGAGGGGACGUCCAGGACACCUCUAAGAAGAGUGUGCUGAAGGCUAUCGAACAGGCUGACCUGCUGCAGGAGGAGGAUGAGUCGCCGCGCAGUGUGCUGGAGGAGAUGGGUCUGGCAUAGCCCCUGCCGGCCGGGCCCCGUGGAGCUGGGGGAGCUGGUGGAGAGGCAGGGCAUGGUAGCUGCUUCUCCCGCGUCCCUCAGGGCCCUUCUCUUGGUGGGACCCAGCUGCCCCUCCUCUGCCGCCUCACCUUUGGAGGGAGCCGUGGGCUCCGGCCCUUCAAACAUUCCCUUGCUCCACCCCCACCUUUCCCACUAAAGGCUUUCGGAGCUAGGAGGCAGGAAAAUGUGACCAAGACGGGGUGCUAUUUGGCUGUCAUUCCCUGCCUUUGAAGAACCAACGUCACCCAGAAAUCCUCCCCCACUUAUGACUGUAAAUAUAUAAAUAUGUCAGGUUAAAGGGAAAAGGUCUUCAGGGCUCUUCUCUCUCCUCUGCCCCAAAACCUACCUCCACCCCUCCCCCUAGCCAGCCAGGGCAGCUUCUCUGCUGGGAGGGGGCCUUUUCCCUCACCUGCCCCCACCUCCUCCUUGGCCAUCGUGGGGCCCCUGUCCAGUGCCAGGGCAGGAACAACAUAGUUAAUUUUUUUCUAACCUUGCCACUUUGAAGGAAGGGCUGGGGGAAGGGCAGGCUUUCUGGGACACUGGCCCUGUGCCUCCUCCACUCUGUUCUGGGUGAGGCAAGAGCUAAGGGGGAGGGGCGGGCAAAGUGUCCACCUUUAUUUCCUUUAUUCCGAAAUAAAAGGAAAAAGUGUUUCUGGA